CACUCGGUCGUCGGAUCCUCUAAAGAUCCAUCCGAAGACCUUCACCAGAAAUUUGGAGAAGAAAAAGACUGCAGAAAAAACGAUGGCGGUGAUGGAAAAGCUGAAGAUUUUCGUAGUGCAAGAGCCUGUGGUUGCAGCUUCUUGCCUUAUCGCUGGUGUUGGUCUUUUCCUUCCAGCUGUUGUAAGGCCUAUUCUGGAUUCCUUUGAAACAAGCAAGCAAGUGCAUCAGCCUACUAUAACUGAUGUGGUUGCAGGAGUCCGUAAAAAGCAGGCAUAAAUUGACUCAUUGAAGCAAGUAGCGGAAUCUCCCAACUCAUCAGUUUUAUUCGUUUUCUUUUCCUCUAUCAUGAGCAGCAUAAAAUAAGAUUAUCCUUAAUUGAUGAACACCGAGACUGAGAAGUAUUGCGCAUUGAACAUCAUCCAAGUGUAUGCAUAUUUUCUUGUACUGCUUGAUUAAACACUUUUAGAUAAUUGACGCUUUUACUUCC